AGAUCCCUUAAUAAUAAAACCCUGCCGUUCGUGGUGUAAUUGUUGCUGCUUGCUUGCUCUUCAGUACGCCAUUGAAGACCCUUUCGUGAUUACAGAUUUUUGAGAAUGGAAAAUACACAAGAUUUGGAGGAAAAUCAGACUAAUGAGGUUAUAGUAGAAAAAGAAACGCGCGAGGAGAUGCUUUCAAGGCACAGGAAAGAGAUCACUCAGCUACAGAACAAGGAAAUUGCGCUAAAAAAAGCAGCUGCAAAAGGAAGCAAAGCCGAGCAAAAAGCGAAAAAGAAACAAGUGGAAGAACAAGUAUCUCAACUCACUACCGAACUCAAGGAAAAACACGCAACCGAACUUGCUUCCGUAGGUUACGCUAACGUAACCACUAGUGGGAAAGAUAAAGAAAGUGAUAUCGAUAUUUUAGCAAAAGCCAUAGCCGGUGUCUCCGUUACCAACCAAAUUGAGCACGCAAAGCCCACUAAAAGCGCAAAACGGAAAGAAAAACGGGCCCAACAAGAAGCAGCCCGAGAGCAAAGAAUACAAGAAGAACAAAGCGGUAUUGUAAGCGAUCGAAUGGUUGAGAAUGAACGAUUAGAGAAAAAACUUGAACCCCUUGGUUUGGUGAUUAACGAAAUCAAACCGGACGGGCAUUGUCUUUACAGAGCUGUUGAAGACCAGUUAAAAGUCAAAGGUUUGACUUUUUACACAUUUCAAGAACUUAGAAAAAUGGUGGCGGAUUAUAUGCGGCAAAACUCGUCCGAUUUUCUUCCGUUUUUUCUAUCGGAAGUUACGGAUGGAGAUUGUGAUGACCCUGUUGUGGAAAAGAGGUUUGAGAGUUACUGUAACGAAGUCGAGUCAACGGCUGCUUGGGGUGGUCAACUUGAACUCGGUGCGUUGACUCAUUGCUUGAAGAAACAUAUCAUGAUAUUUUCGGGAUCUUUUCCUGAUGUGGAGAUGGGAAAAGAGUACAAAACUGGUGAGUCUUUGGGUUCGAGUAUUAUGUUGUCGUAUCAUAAGCACGCGUUUGGGCUCGGCGAGCAUUAUAAUUCUGUCGUCCCCGUUUGAAAAACGGUUGAAAUGGGUCGGAUAACAACAUAUCAUACUUUAAGUUGAUACUUUUUUUUCUUUCCCAUAAUUUUUUGUUUUGUAAUGGCAAUAGAAGUCAUGCUUAAUCUCUUGUGUUAGAGUUUGUAGUAGAGUAUUGCUGUGAAAUGUUUUUGAAUUUGAACUUGUAUCACUCAAAUAACAUAAUUGCUGUCUUAAAUCAUGGAUGCCAUGUGAAGUA